AAGCAGCUACUGCUUCUGUAGGAUUGCAGCCUGGGGCCCAAGUGCCGGGUCUAGGCCAACUAGCGCGAAGCGCGGAGUUGAGAAGACAGUUACAUGGCAUGGGAUGCCGGGAGGGCACUCUGCGCCCAGGAGCUGCCGCGCCUGCCCGAUUUUCCGCGGUUCUUUAAGGAGUAGCGCUUCAGUAGCCGGGGAGCUGGAGGGGGACCUGAUUUGAGAUCAGUUCUUGGAGAACACAAAGAAGUGUGGUGGUAUGUUCCAGGAUUGAACCAUCUGCCCUUUGACCCUGCCAACAACAACGAGCCCCUGCAGUUUGGUAGUGCCAGUGGUCCUCUGGUCACAGAAGGCCUCACUGAGAAUGGAGGGGACUCAAGCAAGAAAAGAAAGAGAACAAAUACUCCUUCAGCAGAUAAUAGUAGAACUCUGAAUGUAGAUUCCACUGCAAUGACGCUACCUAUGUCUGAUCCAACUGCGUGGGCCACAGCAAUGAAUAAUCUUGGAAUGGCACCGCUGGGAAUUGCUGGACAACCAAUUUUACCUGACUUUGAUCCUGCUCUUGGAAUGAUGACUGGAAUUCCACCAAUAACUCCAAUGAUGCCUGGUUUGGGAAUAGUGCCUCCACCAAUUCCUCCAGAUAUGCCAGUAGUAAAAGAGAUCAUACACUGCAAAAGCUGCACACUCUUCCCUCCCAACCCAAAUCUCCCACCUCCUGCAACCAGAGAAAGACCACCAGGAUGCAAAACAGUAUUUGUGGGCGGUCUGCCUGAAAACGGAACAGAGCAGAUCAUUGUGGAAGUGUUUGAACAGUGCGGUGAGAUCAUUGCUAUCCGGAAGAGCAAAAAGAAUUUCUGUCACAUUCGCUUUGCUGAGGAGUACAUGGUGGACAAAGCCCUUUAUCUAUCUGGUUACCGAAUUCGGCUGGGCUCUAGUACUGACAAGAAGGACACAGGCCGGCUCCACGUUGACUUUGCACAGGCACGAGAUGACCUGUAUGAGUGGGAGUGUAAACAGCGUAUGCUAGCAAGAGAGGAGCGCCACCGGAGACGGAUGGAGGAAGAAAGAUUGCGUCCACCAUCCCCACCCCCAGUGGUCCACUAUUCGGAUCAUGAAUGCAGCAUUGUUGCUGAAAAACUAAAAGAUGAUUCCAAAUUUUCAGAAGCAGUGCAGACCUUGCUCACCUGGAUUGAGCGAGGAGAGGUGAAUCGUCGCAGUGCCAACAACUUCUAUUCCAUGAUCCAGUCAGCCAACAGCCAUGUCCGCCGUCUGGUGAAUGAGAAAGCUACCCAUGAAAAAGACAUGGAGGAAGCAAAGGAGAAGUUCAAGCAAGCCCUGUCUGGAAUUCUCAUCCAAUUUGAGCAGAUAGUGGCUGUGUACCAUUCUGCCUCCAAACAGAAGGCUUGGGACCACUUCACAAAAGCCCAGCGUAAAAAUAUCAGCGUUUGGUGCAAACAAGCUGAGGAAAUUCGCAACAUUCAUAAUGAUGAAUUAAUGGGAAUCAGGCGAGAAGAAGAAAUGGAAAUGUCUGAUGAUGAAAUAGAAGAAACAGCAGAAACAAAAGAAACGGAGGAAUCAGCCUUAGUAUCACAGGCAGAGGCUCUAAAGGAAGAAAAUGACAGCCUCCGUUGGCAGCUAGAUGCCUAUCGGAAUGAGGUAGAACUACUCAAGCAAGAACAAGGCAAAGCCCACAGAGAUGACGACCCAAACAAGGAACAGCAGCUGAAACUCCUGCAACAGGCCCUACAAGGAAUGCAGCAGCAUCUCCUCAAAGUUCAAGAGGAAUACAAAAAGAAAGAAGCUGAACUUGAAAAAAUCAAAGAUGACAAGUUACAGGUGGAAAAAAUGUUGGAAAAUCUUAAAGAACAGGAAAACUGUGCUUCUAGACUGUGUGCAUCAAGCCAGGAAAGCGACUGCCCUCUUGAGAAGACCAUGAACAGCAGUCCUAUCAAAUCUGAACGGGAAGCACUGCUAGUGGGCAUUAUCUCCACGUUCCUUCAUGUUCACCCAUUUGGAGCAAGCAUUGAAUACAUCUGUUCCUACUUGCACCGUCUUGAUAAUAAGAUCUGCACCAGUGACGUGGAAUGCCUCAUGGGUAAACUCCAGCAUACCUUCAAGCAGGAAUUGACCGGAGUUGGAGCCAGCCUGGAGAAGAGAUGGAAAUUCUGUGGCUUUGAGGGCUUGAAACUGACCUGAAUCUCUUUGCCUACCAUGGGAUCCUGAAAAUAAAUAUGUGUUGGACAAGCUUAGAAAGUGAUUUGUGUUUUCAAUGAUUUUCAAGUGGAAGUUGCUUUAAAUUUGUCAAUUCAUUCCUGGAGUAUCUUUUGAGUUGAGAUAAGGAUCCUAGAACAGCACCUCGAACUGCAGGUCCUAAGAAGAAAAUGCCUCAAAUCUCAAGUGCUGUAACUCCCUCCCCUUUCUGGUAAUUGGUUUUCUUUUCUUAGUAGUAGUAUUGAAAAAGUCCUCCAACUAAAGAAUAUUUGGAGUGUUUUCGGUGUCUGUACUACUGUUGUAGACCUUGGUAUUUUUUUAAAAAACUGUUAACUGAAAUGUUUUAAUGAUUCGUAUGUGAUUUGUGUUUCCAAACUUUUCACGUUAAUGUUGUUGCUGCUGGUGAUAGGAAUAAGAGGAGCACUAGGUACUCUGUGUAACUGCCAUUGUCUUUCUAAUCCCUAGUAGACCAGUAAAUGAAUAACACAUCAGUGUCUUCUAGAUGGUGCUUACCAGGUUGACCUUUGAAACAACAAAGCAUGAUUUGUGGCUUUUUGCAAAAUUGCUUUGAACCAAAAGUUGACAAAUGUUCCAAAGUUAUUUUUUCCAACAGAUAAAAAGGUCUAUUUCAGAAUUUCAAAAAAUAAAUCUAGAUGUCUUCACAGAAACCAAGUAUUCAGUAUGACUAGCAUGUGUUUGUACUAUUCAAAAAUCUUUUGUAAAUAGUCUGCUUUUAAAGGAGAGCGUGAUUAGUUUUCUAUGAAUUGAAAUGCAUUCACAUGUGGGCACAUGCAUACACACACAUUAGCAGAAGGAAUUUAUUUUAAUACUCUCUCCUCUGGCCUUCUGAAGUCUGUUGGUCCCUUUUUUCUGCUGUCAGUGUGUCGAACUGCAAACCGUGUACUGCUGUAAAUACCAUGUUUACUUCAUGCUGAAUGUAAAGAGUUGAUAUGAGUAUUCAUAGUAAUGAACUAAUGAGUAAAUAAUGGGCCAGAGUGUAUGAGGCAUCCUACAAAUCAGUCUGGUCCCCCUGGAGUGCUGAUUGCUGGGGACACCUCCAGUUCUACUAUGCCCAAACAGCAGGUUGCAAAGGUGGCAUGGAAGUUGGAAGUGGACCAUUUAGGAAGUUCUACUUGGUAGAAAAUGAAAGGAAAGGAGAGGGCUUUGGGGCUAAUGCCUGAGGCAGAGAUCGUGUUUUAUUUAUUUAUUUUUGUGGUAGUAGCUGUGGGGCUUAGAACACAAGCAUGCCCUCCCUUGAACUGCCUGGAAGAUAAGAGGAUGCACUGAAUAAGCAAAGACAAUGGAGAGUGUUCCAUGAAAAUCCUUUGUAAAUGAGAUGCCAGUAGUGUUCAAAGUUGUAUUUUUAAAAGAUAAAUAUUCCUUUUUUAUACCUCAGUUUGUGUUUUGAUUUGAAUAACUUGCUAAGUGACCCUCUGGUAGAUCACCUCAGUUUCUCCCUUUGUAUUACUAGGAUGUUGGAAGAAGAUGCUAACCCUAACUGACAACUAGAAGCAGCUUUCCUUAGCAGCCCAUUCCUGCCAAAGUUGGCUUCCCCUCAAACACCCCGCUGUGGCCCCAGAGGAUACUGGGGUUAUUUCUACACUAGCUUCCUCUCUGAAGCACCUCUGUCAUCAACACAGCAGAAGGGUUUGAUUCACCAGUCUCAGAGCUCCUGGAAUGCCUUGUUUUAAUAAUAUGUAGGAAAUCAAGGCACAUUUUCCACUUAGCAGUUAAAUAAAAUUAAAUUUUAACAUAGCAACUGCCCCACCUAAAUACCUCACUCUCCUUUACUUAAUUUAUUUAUAUUGCAAACUGUUUCUAUUACACCUACCACUUUGGUCCAAGGAUGCCUCCCCAGUGUAUUUGAAUAUACUAGCUGUGAUGGUUAAUAUUCCCACGCCAGUGUAGAUGUUGGUGUGAAGGUAUUUUUCAGAUGUGAUUAACAUUUAAACUGGUUGACUUUGACUAAAGCAGAUUACCUACCAGAAUGUGAGUGGGCCUCAUCUAAUCAGUUAAAGGCCUUAAGAGGAGAGACUGAGGUCCCCUGAGAAAUGAAAUUGGCCUCCAGGCUACUUCAGACUCAAAACUGCAAGAUCAACUCCUGCCCUCCUGCUAGAAAUUUCCAGCCUGCUGGCCAGCCCUCAAACUUGGCAGCUUCUCUGGAGAACCCUGACUGAUACGCUCAUCCAGAGUUGUUACAAUGUGUAAGAACAGAGUAUGUUUGCAUUAUACUACAUAAUCACAUUACAGCACAUGCCAUUUCUCACAAUUCUUUACAUUCACCAUAGAGAUUUAUUAAUGAAGCUAUUGUUCCUUCAAAAUUCUCAGUGCUAUUUAUGACUGGUGUUCCUCCAUAAUUUUGAAAUAUUGCUGUUUUGUUAUUUUUAUGAGAUACAGCUGUUAAGAUAUUUGGCAGAAAAUAAUGAAUACAAGUUUCCUCUUACUUUACAAAUGGUUGUUUCAUCUCCCUCCACCCAGUCCUGUGGUAUCUCUACACCUGAUUUUGUAAUAUUGCCAAGUUGCUUGUUAAGCAUCUUCAGUACAAAUGAAUGUUAUUUUUUAAAGAAAAUUAGAUGCAUAUCUGUGUUCCAAGUUAUUCAGAAAUUUUUUUUUCAAUUUGGACCCCAAAAUGUAUGGUUUCCUUAUAGUACAGAAUAAACUAUUAUUUGAAAGGGCA